AUGGCUGCGCCCCCGUUCAAGGUCAAGGCCCUUUAUGAGUACAAUUCCGGCCACGAGGAUGACCUGGCCUUCCCUGAGAAUGCCAUCAUCACUGUCACGGCCGAGGAGGAUGCGGACUGGUAUGUCGGCGAAUACAGUGAUCCCAAUGGCACCAAAACGGAGGGCCUCUUCCCCAAGAACUUUGUCGAGCGCUACGAGCCUGCUCCUCCCCCGCGGCCCAACCGUGCCUCGCGCCCUCCUCCGCCGCCGUCCGCGCCUGCUCCUGUGGAUGAGGCGCCUGCGGACGACGUCCCCGAGCAGCCCGAGCCCGAACACGAGCCCCCUGUAGCUCAGGCUCCAGAGCAGCCCGAGGCGCCACGAGAAGAGCGUCCGGUGCCUCCUCAAUCGCCCCCGCCUGUAGCGGCUCCCAAGUCUCCCGAGCAACCCUCGCUUCCCAAGAUGUCGAAACCGGCUCCUCCUCCUGCUGCUCCAGCGGCAGGCAGCAAGUCGCCGCCCCCGCCUGUUGCGGAGAAGCCCCAGUCUUUCAAGGACCGUAUUGCAGCUUUCAACAGGGGUUCUGCCGCUCCCAUUGCUCCACUCAAGCCUGGAGGUCCGCCCAGCGGCUUCAUCAAGAAGCCGUUUGUUGCCCCGCCUCCAAGCCGCAAUGCCUACGUACCUCCUCCCCGUGAGCCGGCCCCUCAAAAGGUAUACAGACGCGACGAGGAUCCGGAGAUCUCUGAGCGCCAAGCGCAAGAUCAAGAGAUGGCCGAAAGAGCUGGCUUAGGUGGAUCCAGUGCUCCUGCUGAAGGCGAAGAGGAUGCCCCUAAGCCACAGAGCCUGAAGGAGCGGAUCGCCCUUUUGCAGAAACAGCAGAUGGAACAAGCAGCCCGGCAGGCUGAAGCAUCGCACAAGGAGAAGCCCAAGCGCCCGCCCAAGAAGCGGAUCGAGUCGCACGAAAUGGACGUCCAAUCCGAAACAACAGAGGGUGGCGAGCCCGAAGAUGCCCAGGCGCAGGCGAAAAAGCGCCAUUCGCACCACCCCAAGUCGCCGGAAGCCCGCCAGCAAGAGCGUGAGCCAUUCAGCGACGGCAAUGAGGCUGACCAGUCUGCCGCCGGCGAAACCACUGAAGAUGCUGAAGGAUCCUCCACAUCCGUUGAGGAAGAUGAGGAAAGGGCUCGUGGAAAGGGUGUCCCUCGAGCACACGCGGCGCCUACUCACGAGCCUGAGGUCGGAGACGAAGAAGACGCCACUGAAGAGGAGGCAGAGGAAGAAAUGGAUGAAGAAACCAAGAGACGGAUGGAGCUUAGAGAGCGAAUGGCGAAGCUGAGCGGUGGCAUGGGCAUGGCCGGCAUGUUUGGGAUGCCCAUGCCCGGUAUGAAGCCACCACCCAAAAAGACCACGUCUGGCUCGGAGCGCAAGUCCAUCGACAGCCACCGUGAUUCUGAGCAAUCGCCUCCUCCUCCUGCCCAACGUGUCCCCAUGAUUCCCAUUCCCGGCAUGGGCAUGCCGCAAGUCCGCAGUCCGGAAUCUGAAGAUACCGAAAUGGCGGUUGAGAAGGAGAAUGAGCCAGCGCACCCCAUUACUGGGGAGCACGAGCCCGAGAAGGUCACAGACAUGGAGGACAUCAAGGCUGAUGAGACGACCGGCCAGUUCCACCUCCACCAAGUGCCGAGCGACCAGCACCUCCACCGGUACCUGCAGACUCUCGUCCAGUCCCUGCCCCGCCACCGCCUGAAAGACCAGAGUCACGAGUCGCCUCCCCAGCACCGCGGACAAGAACCUACCUCGCCGUCGGUUACUUCCAGGCCCUCUACCUCCUCGGAGAAGAGGGCAAGCCGGCCUAUUCCGCCGAUCCCCGGUGUUUCCAGCCCUGUCAUGUCUCCGACGGCUGCCUCUAGAGCACCGCCGCCGCCGCCUCCUGCGGCAGCCCCUCCGUCAAGAGGGUCUGCCAAGGAAGCACUAUCUCGGGAGGACAUGGAAGGCGAAACCGAAUAUGAAGGCGACUAUGAUACGGACAUCGCCUCCGGAGCGACCCAUAAGGAUGCCCUGAAGGCGCAUGCAAGGGACCACAGCUACGACGAAAGCACUCUGGCGGGUUCUCCAAUCACGGGUCAUCCUCCUGUUCCAUCAGGGGCGCCCCGCGCUGUGCCUCCGCCUCCCCCGCAGCAGCCACCACCGUCCAGGCAGUCUCUCGAUGCUCCCAGAGGUGCUCCACCACCUCCCCCACGCGAGUCGAUGGAUGCUCCCAGAGGCGCCCCUCCGCCUCGACCGCGCGAGUCAAUGGAUGCUCCUAGAGCCAUGCCACCUCCACUGCCAAGAGAAUCCAUUGAUGCCCCCAGAGCUAUGCCGCCUCCGCCACCAAGAGAGUCUAUUGAUGCUCCACGAGGCGUACCGCCACCUCCUCCUUCCCAACCAAUGUCUCCUGCGGAUGACGAAGAUGAGUAUGACCCGUAUAAAUACAACGCUCAGGCAGCCCGUGCUGCCCCGCCGCCUCCUUCUGGCCCUCCGCCGGCUGCCGCGUCCCAAGGAUCUGUGCCGGAGGAGGAGGAUGAUGAUGAUGAGGAAAUUUAUCAGAGCCCUCCUCCACGAAGGAUGAGCAAGAGGAUGAGUCAGCAUCAGGCUCCUUUCUCCCCUCAUCAGGAAGCAGAGGACACGUACGAGACGCCAAUGUCGCCCCCGCGCAGCUCGAUGCAAACUACCAGGAAGUCUUUAGACGUUGACCGAACUCUUGGCUCGCGCCGGUCUAUGGACCAGUCUCGUCCGUCUAUCGACCACGGUCAUAUUGCCAACGACGUCGAUCUGGGCCAGCCCAGCCAGUGGUGGACGCAGCCGAACACGCCGCCCCCAGUCUUCCAGAACCGCAAGGAUGUCUUGUUCGAGAUCGAAGAGUCCACCACUAGCAAGCGCGGCGGCAGGACCAUCGUCCAAAAAGACGUUUACGUCUUGUUUCAAGACUACUCGCAAACUGUUGUUACUGCUCGGUAUGAUACGCGCGAACCGGCCGGCGUGGCGCUCGAACAAAGACACGAACCUCCACCUCAGAAGCUGAGACAGGACCAACUUGAGGAUGCUUACGAGCAGUUCGGUCGGCGCAUGUCAGAAGAUGCCAACGCAAAACAACAUGCGACAGUUGGCGAUGGCUCACCCCAGGCACUUGUCCUUGAGCUCCUCAAGCCUUUGUCGUCUGCGCUCUAUCCGGUUGGCACUCGGGCUUACGGUGCGUUGGUCUAUGCCAACCUAGCCAAUGCAUCGGUCCAACAGAACGACGAGAUUCGCCCUGGAGACAUCAUCUCGCUCCGCAAUGCAAAGUUCGAAGGCAAGCAUGGCGCUAUGCACGCCAAAUACAAGAUGGAGGUUGGUAAGCCGGACCAUGUGGGGGUGGUGGUCGAGUGGGAUGGAACGAAGAAGAAGAUCAGGGCGUUGGAACAGGGUCGGGAAAGCAAGAAGGUCAAGGUGGAGAGCUUCCGUAUGGGCGAUCUCAGGAGUGGCGAGUCUAUGGCGUCAGCACUGAAAGGGCAGGCACUGCUGAGCAGCGUUCUUGUGCACUUGCAGUAUUGCAAUGAGACCACGGGUGCCUAUACAUGCUCUACUGCAUCCGGCGCUUACUGUGGCGGGAGUUCCCUGUCAACCAACAUCAUCAUCCACUGUACCAACUUCGUCGGCCAAUCGACCAACUGCAACGCCAACCUUGCUGGUAUCAAUCCAGUCGGCGUCAAGUCUGCUGCCACUUGCUAUCAGUCCUCGUCGAUGAGCGGCGACGCCGUCUGCUCCUUCAACGGUGUCGGGUACCCCGAGAACGGAACCACCGCCGCCUUCCCCAUCUGCAACGCCUCAUCCGUGCUGUCUUUGCCGUCACACAAUGCCACCAGGCCAUCUACAGAGUUCAGAAUCGGUCCGUCCACGACAUCUAGCUCGCUCAGCAGCUCUACAGAUAGUACAUUAUCUGCACCAGCCGUCCCAGUGACACCGUCAAGCACGAGGACGAUCACCACAACGGUUGCGAACACCGCCUCGGGGACAUCCGCAGGUACUAAUGGUCACACAACGACUUCGGAACCGUCUCAGGUCAUGAGCGCGCCCGCGCCUCACAACUUUGCCGUGCCGAGUGGCAUACUUCCAAUCCUUGCGAUGGCUGCGGUGCUCGUAGGCUGA